CAGCUUUAAAAUAGAAGCAGAAUAGGAAUCACUUCCAAACACCCUCAACCAAGCAUUAAUGCAUUACUAGUAUUGAUAUAGGACGAUAGGCCAUGGAUCAUUUGUGAAGUUUUCAUUCUUUGUUAGGAAAUUGUAUGCUGUAAGAGUAGCCUCGCCUUGCUUGACGCUUCAAUUCAGAGAAAUGCAGGCUCUGGCCGUUUCAGCCGGUGGCCUUAUACCACCACCACCACAACAGCGGGGUUUAAGAUUCACCGGGGAUUGCCGGAGAGCAAAGCGUUUGAGUGUUUGGGCUGGUCAGUUUCCGGCGUUUCUUCCAAAAGAAGUUCAAAAUAUCAAAGACCCACAAGCCAGAAAACUGGCUUCAAGAAUUGAGAGACUCCCAGUCAGCUUUUCUGAAGGCUGUAUUAUGAGCAGUUGUGUGAUGCCCGUAGAGCAGAGUGGGGAGAAUCCGGUUGUUCUUCUCCAUGGUUUUGACAGCUCACUUUUAGAAUGGAGGUACGUAUUUCCGAUGCUUGAGGAGGCUGGGUUGGAGACAUGGGCAAUUGAUAUUCUUGGAUGGGGUUUCUCUGAUUUAGAAAGGCUUCCAGCGUGCGAUGUAACUUCCAAGCGUGAUCAUCUUUAUCAGUUCUGGAAAGCAUAUAUCAAAAGGCCAAUGACAUUGGUUGGGCCAAGUCUUGGAUCUGCAGUUGCUAUAGACUUUUCUAUCAACUAUCCACAAGCUGUGGAUAAGCUGGUUUUGAUUGAUGCAAGUGUGUAUGCAGAAGGCACCGGAAAACUUGCAACACUACCUGAACCAGUAGCUUAUGCUGGGGCCUCCUUGUUGAAAAGCCUCCCGUUUCGCUUGUUUGCAGUUUUGUUGACUUUCAAUAGGUUACCCUUCAAUAUUGUCACCGACUGGACAAAUAUUGGACGCUUGCAUUGUUUAUUACCCUGGUGGGAGGAUGCAACUGUGAAUUUUAUGAUGAGUGGAGGGUAUAAUGUCGCUGAUCAGAUAAAAGCGGUGAAGCAAAAAACUCUAAUAAUAUGGGGAGAAAAUGAUAAGAUCAUUGACUACAAGUUUGCAGUUCGCUUGCACUGUGAAUUGCCAAAUGCAAAGAUACGCCAGAUCCCAAAUUGUGGGCACAUUCCUCAUGUGGAGAAGCCUACCGUCGUCUCUAAUCUGAUUAUGGAAUUCAUUACUGCUAAUAGAUCACGUCUAGAGAAGCCCGUUGGUGUACUUGCCACAGUUCAAGAUUAAUAUCGAAAUGGGUGAUUAAAGGUAUACAAACAUUCUGGUUAGUUCUUGGUGAACAAACCCGCCUGUCAGCCCGUGCUCGUUAUAUGGUGUUAUCCAUCAAUUGCAUGCAUCUGGACGGAGUGGACGGGUUUUAUAGAUGGAUGUACAUGUUAAAUGGUGAUGGGUGAAAUUUGUAGUUUUCUUGAAAAGCUUAUUGUGAUCACAUGACAUUGAAGGGAAUCCACGUUUAUGGUUGUAUAAAUGAAAUCCUUGUCGAUGGGCACAUGUUUUCAUCUUUUGGGUCAAAAGUUGUGACUCACGUUUUGACCAAGUAUAAUGUAGACUUGUAAUAGUUCCAAAGCCACCGUCCUUUUAUCGUGAUAAACCAGUUCCGCAGCUGGACUAAGCGUGGUCUCCAGAAAAUCUACUCCUAAACUCUUGAGGUUUCAAUCACUA